CCAUAAAUAACAAAAGACACUCUCUUUUUGUGUUGAGUUGAGCUCUAUAAGUCUACCUCCAUCUUUUGACUACUUUCACUCAGGCCAAUAUCGUCUGCACUUCCUCUUGCAACCACCAUCACAAACAAUGGAUUUUGAACACAGAAGAAGCCACAUUCCAGCAUUUGGGAACUGGGACUACACAGAUGAUCUCCCAGUUACUCAGUGUUUUCAGUCAGCUAGGCAAGCUGGGUUGCUUUGCUAUAGCGCCUCGUAUGAACGAGAUCUAUACGUUAUUGGCGAUUUGUAUGGCCACGAUGAUCUAGAGAAGCCACCCAGAUCUCUUGUUGUUCCUCUCAAGACAAAGGGAACUGAAGAACGUUAUACACAGCAUGUUAACCAACAGAAAAAACAAGGUAGUGUCUAUGACAUGACAGAAACGCCAUUGAAACAACAACCACCUUAUCUUCACUCGCUAUCAUCACUACCACCACCACCCAGGGCUCCUAAACCUGUUGACGAAGAUUUAUACAGAAUAUCACCUGAUCUCCUCUACAGCAAGCCUAAGAGGAAAAGGAUGUUUGAGUUCUUCUCAAGCUGCUUACUGCCCACUUGUGUUGUGUGAAUAUUUUUGUAAAGCUUUCCAUGCUAGAAUUCCACUGGAGUUAUAUACAAAGAGAAAAGUAGUGUUUAGGGUGAUUUGUGAACCAUUGAAAGGAAAAUGAGAAGGCAGAGUUUUAUUCUAAUAUCAUUUGACUUAGUGCUUUGGUUUUUUAAUGCUUUUUUUUGGCGGUUUUUUAAUGUACAACGCACCUGAUAAUGCGCUUCCACAAAGGCAGAGUUUUAUUUUGAUUUGUCUUAUGCUUGAUUUUGAUAUUGAAACUUGAAAGUAUGCUUUGCCGAUUA